AUGAGACGCAAACCUCAUCACCCCAUCCCGAUGUCCCACCAUACGGCCUCUGCUAAACGUUCCUUAGGUCCUCAUGGAUCUUCAAGCACAUUGCCCACUCCAAAAGCCGUCAUUGACCAGAGACUCAUCGAAGGAGCUCAGAUCCCCCAUCAUCGGCGCAUGCCUCAAGAAAACGAGCUUGGAACCGUCGGCCCCGAGAGCCAACCGGAGUUGCCCUCGCGAGCCGACGACCUCCAGCUGGAUGCGUUCGAUCUCGAACUGCUUGCCCAUUCGGAUGGCAACUAUCAUACUGUGGCGAGGCAAUUGACUACCGUGGCUUACCCGUCGAAUUCAAGAGAGGAGGCACCGAGGCAGGUCUCGCGUUUCUUUCAGAGUAGCUCUUCGGAUCUUGGUCUGAGAUCGCCUUCCAGCCCGCUCAGCAGGUUACACGCUGCGAAGACAAAUGCACCGCUUCGGGGGCAGCAUUGCCAAGCUGAAAAGCCUCAGAUACAAGACGAGGAAUUGCCGUUCCAUGAUAGCUCUACGGUAUCGUUAGGCUCAGAUCGCGCACAGAGGAGUCCCUUCCAGAAUAUCCCCAUGUCCAUUAGGGGCAUAGUGCUCGUUUCUGUUCACGAGCUCCCUGAUAGUUACCGGUCCAUCUUCCAUUUCCCAGUCUUCAACGCUGUUCAAUCCAAAUGCUUUCAGCAUGUCUACAAGACCGAUGACAACAUCGUGCUUGCUGCACCUACAGGAAGUGGCAAGACGGUCAUCAUGGAGUUGGCGAUAUGCCGCCUGCUCAGUACGUUGAAGGACGAGCGCUUCAAAGUCGUCUACCAGGCCCCCACCAAGUCUCUCUGCUCCGAGCGAUUCCGGGAUUGGAACAGGAAGUUCAUGUCGCUGGGCCUUCAGUGUGCGGAGCUGACAGGGGACACCGAUUACACGCAGCUCAGGAGUGUACAGAACAGCCAGAUAAUAGUCACGACGCCCGAGAAGUGGGAUAGCAUGACGCGCAAGUGGAAAGACCACGCGCGCUUGAUGCAGUUGGUGAAGUUGUUCCUGAUCGACGAGGUCCAUAUUCUCAAGGAGGGCCGUGGAGCGACUUUGGAAGCGGUCGUGUCGAGAAUGAAGACAUUCGGGUCGAAUGUGCGUUUCGUUGCGUUGAGUGCCACCGUCCCCAACUCGGAAGACAUUGCGACCUGGCUGGGGAAGGAUGCUACUAAUCAACAUGUACCGGCACAUCGAGAGCACUUCGGCGAGGAGUUUCGUCCAGUCAAGCUCCAGAAGUUUGUAUACGGGUAUCAGUCGCACAGCAAUGACUUUGCUUUUGACAAACUGUGCAGCUCGAAGCUCCCCGAUGUCCUAGGUACACAUUCAUGCAGGAAGCCGAUCAUGAUAUUCUGCUGCACUCGGAAUUCGUGCGUCGCUACUGCAAAGGAGCUCGCUCGGCUAUGGUCAAUGACCAAUCCUCCAGCAAGGUUGUGGAAAGGUUCUGGAAGACGUCUAGAAGCCCACAAUGCAGACCUCAGAGCUACAUUGGUGGCAGGAGUUGCAUUUCACCAUGCUGGCCUUGACUCUGCAGAUCGCUAUGCAGUUGAGACAGGCUACUUGCAGGGACAUAUCAACGUCAUUUGCUGCACCUCCACCCUAGCUGUGGGUGUCAAUCUUCCGUGCCAUCUAGUGAUUGUCAAAGGCACAGCUGGAUGGCAGGACGGGGGGUGCAAAGAGUACUCUGAUCUUGAGAUAAUGCAGAUGCUCGGGCGAGCUGGUCGGCCCCAGUUCGACGAUAGCGCCAUUGCAGUGAUUAUGACAAGAAAGGAGCGGGUGCAACACUAUGAGAAACUCGCCUCCGGAUCUGAAACUCUCGAGAGCUGCUUGCAUCUCAACUUGAUCGACCACCUGAAUGCUGAGAUCGGUCUAGGUAAUGUGGCGGAUGUCGACUCCGCUGUCAGAUGGCUUGCUGGUACUUUUCUAUUCGUGAGGCUGAGGAGAAACCCAAAGCAUUACCAGUUGAAAGAAGGGGCCACGAAAGAUGACGAGGAUGAAAUGCUUCGGCAGAUCUGCGAGAAAGACAUCAGACUCCUGCAGGAAACAGGGCUGGUAGCCUCUGAUUGUCUCAAAUCCACGUCCUUCGGGGACGCCAUGGCGCGGUACUAUGUACGGUUCGAGACUAUGAAGACUCUUUUGGCAUUGGAGCCACAUGCUACUGUCUCUCAAGUGCUCUUUGCAAUCGCCGAGGCAGAGGAAUUCCGUGAGAUACGCCUGAAGGCGGGUGAGAAGUCGUUGUACAAGGAACUCAACCGCGCCAAUGGCAUCCGGUUCGCAGUCAAAGUCGACAUAGCACUCCCAGCUCACAAAAUCCUCCUGCUUAUUCAAUCUGAGCUGGGCGCAGUCGAGUAUCCAGAUGGCGAUCAAUACCAGAAACACAAAUUUGCUUUCCAGCAGGACAAAGCCAUCGUGUUUUCCCACAUUAACAGGCUUAUUCGGUGCGUGAUAGACUGUCAGAUUUCCCGCGAGGACUCCAUUGCCACUCGGAAUGCCCUAGAGCUCGCCAGGAGCUUCGGGGCCAAGGUCUGGGAUACAUCGCCUCUGCAGAUGAAACAGAUUGAUCAGAUUGGUAUUGUCGCAGUUAGAAAGCUUGCGGCAGCCGGGGUCACCAGCAUCGAUGCACUUGAAGACACGGAGCCUCAUCGGAUUGAUAUGAUACUCAGCAGGAAUCCCCCCUUUGGAAUGAAAAUAUUGGGCCGAGUGGCAGAGUUUCCCAAAUUAAGGGUGAGCGUCAAACUGAUAGGAAAGGUGAGCGACAUCAAGCCUGGGAAGCAUGUAAAAGUACGCUUCAAAGCUGAAAUCGCCUUUAUAAACGAGAAGACCCCGACUUUCUACCAGCGGCGGCCUGUAUAUGUUUGCUUCCUAGCAGAGAUCUCCGAUGGCCGCUUGAUCGAUUUCCGGCGUAUCAGCGCAAACAAGCUCAAACAGGGUCAAGAGAUACUCCUGAAUGCAGAGUUGAAGAGUCCGGGGCACUGCAUAACAUGCUAUGUAAUGUGCGAUGAUAUCGCUGGAACUUUGAGAUAUGCGGAGAUCAAGCCGGAACUUGCAAAUGUCUUGUUCCCCUACAGGCCUUGUGAGAGGGCCGAGCAGAACCCCCAGACGACCAAGCCCACGGAGCAAAGGAGGGAUGAUAUCGACAAUGACGAUUGGUUGUUUGACGACUUCCUCGAAGCAGGUAAGUCCAAGGACAGCCGGUCCAGCCCUGAGAGAAUAGUCAAGUCAGUCUGCAACGGCACCGAAGAAAAGAGCGCGAAAGAGAUCAGGGCAGCAAACCCACUCACGGAAGCUGAGAAAGAGCCAGCUCGUCUAGAAAAUGGCCGAUGGGCGUGCAACCAUAGGUGCAAGGAUAAGACGACAUGCAAGCAUCUCUGCUGCCGCGAGGGCUUGGAGAAACCGCACAAAGCAACCCGAAAGCAAUCACAUACCGGCAAUCAGUCCAACAGUGGACUCAAUCAACUGACGCUGUCGGCGAGCAUGCCCAAGAAAGACCAUACCAAGGCUCCAACGACGGAGACCUCCGCUCCCACAAGCGACACAACGAAGAGCAAGCUCUUCUCCCCUCUACCGCAACAAGACCAACAACACUCAGACAUCACAGAUCUUGGAGACACCAUCAACGAGAACUUCUCCACUUCACUUUCCAAGCGUCAAACCUCUUCGAGCGACUAUGGGGACGAUAGUUUCGAUGACCUCCCCUCCCCUUCAGCUUUGUUACUCGGCCUCCCCAUGAAAAUACCAGUACAGGGGAACAAGGACGCCACCAGAAAGUCUGCGGAUUUUGUCAAAACCAUUGAGACAGACGACCCCUGGACUGAGAUGGAUGAGCCAUUCACAUACAACGCCCAGCCUUCACCCAUUGAAACCCCGGGACAAGCCGACGACCAGACGAGCAAAGCGGCCACGAGUCCUCUGAAAGCACCAGAACAGACCCCUACACCGUCGAGUGAAUUCAAAGUAGGUCAGGAGCUUGAUCUGGCUGGCUUUGAAAGCUCUCCAGUUUUGGUUCUCGAUGUCGACGAACAUGUACUCGAUACAUCGGGACAACGUGGGCAGAAAAGGUGCAUGUCCUGGGGAUGUGAAGACGAAGACGAAUCUACGGAUGCCAGAACGGCGAAAAGGAAUAGGCUAAGCAAGAGCUGUAAGGACGAUGGAGUUACUACUAAGUUGAGGGAAAGUGCCCACGAGCCUACAACGCUGCCUGAGGGUCCAAGGGACUGGGAUGGCAUUGACCCUGCUCUGCUACACGAAUUCAAAGACAUUGUCGACUUCUUCUAG